GCCCCGAACCGGAAAAGAGUACUAUUUUUUCCCCUCCACUCCUCCUAUUUCCGCUCGGCAGUAGAAACCGGAAAUAACACUGCCCCUAGUUGCGGAGGCGCUUCGCCCGGCUUGCUGGUUACUGCUGACCCAGGGGGGUCUUCAUUAAAGAAGAGAGGCGGGGCUCCCAGGUCUGGGCAGAGUCCAGGCAGGGGGUCCUUGCCUCAGAACUCUGCUGAGGCAUCUGUCUUUUGAGAGUCCACACAAUAUGAGGGGCCAUCCUUCCUUGCUCUUAGUCUAUAUGGGAUUGGCCACCUGCCUGGACACCUUACCUCAUGGAGAACAAAACCAAGUUCUUGACAUCUUCCUGGAUCCCCCGGAUGCCCAGAGUUUCCUAGUUGGCCACAGGCGGAUUCCUCGGGCUAACCACUGGGACCUGGAGUUGCUGACCCCCGGAAACCUGGAACGAGAGUGCCAAGAGGAGAGGUGCUCCUGGGAGGAGGCCCGGGAAUACUUUGAGGACAACACACUGACGGAACGCUUCUGGGAAAGCUAUACCUACAAUGGCAAGGGAGGGCGUGGACGAGUAGAUGUCGCAGGCCUGGCGGUGGGACUGACCUCUGGGAUCCUGCUCAUCGUGUUGGCUGGCUUGGGGGCCUUUUGGUAUCUGCACUACAGACGGCGGCGCCGACUCAGAGUCCGGGAGUCCUGUCAGCAAGAGACCGGGCUCAUAAGCCCCCUGAGUCCCCCGACGCCCUUGUCUCCACCCUUACCCCCAGGCCUCCCUACCUACGAGCAGGCACUAGCAGCCUCUGGGGUGCACGACGCCCCUCCGCCCCCUUACUCCAGCCUCAGAAGGCCUCACUGAAGACUUGCUCCGGAGCGCGGGCUCCCCGAACUGUGCCCCUGAUUCACAGCAGAUUCCGGAAGUCGCUGGGCCUCUUCGACUCCCUGGCUUCAAUGUGUGCGUGGGAGAGUCAGGGUCGUCGGACCCGACGUCUAUCACGACACACGUGUUUCCGCCGCGCACGGAUACACGCAUGUCCCUGACCAUCGUGUUGCCGAGUCCGUGCCCCUGCUCCUCGCACCCGCCCUUCCUGAGCACCGGCCCUGAAACUCGGACAAGACGUGACUUGACUGUCGCCUCACCGUGUCGCGGGGAGCGUACACGCAGAGAAGCAGGCCCGUGCACACGCCCGUCUUCGUGUAUUUCCCCACAUGGGCGGUUCGUAAUCCAGCAUAAAGGUGGAGGGCGCAUUUGCUAUGUGCUGGAAAAGGUGUCACGCUUGUGUUGCACCCGGGGAAAUGGAGUUGAGCUGAACUGCUAUCUACCUAAAAACCUUUUGGAAAAGGAAGAAAUUUAAAAAGAAAGAGAAAGAACCCCCCCACACACACAAAUCCCCAAAUUGAGAUUAUUCGAGAAAAAUAAAAAUGCAAAUGAACUGAA